AUGCCUGGUAUACUACCGAUGAAGAUGAUUAGGGUGGGGAGCAGCGCGGCGAGCCGCAUUGCACAGGCAUGCGACCGGUGUCGAAGUAAGAAGAUCCGCUGUGAUGGAGUCCGGCCAUGCUGUACCCAGUGUGCCAAUGUUGGCUUUGAAUGCAAGACGAGUGACAAGCUGAGUCGAAGGGCAUUUCCCCGAGGUUACACAGAGUCAUUGGAGGACCGCGUGCGUGGGCUUGAAGCCGAAGUACGGGAGUUGAAAGAGUUGCUGGACGAGAAGGACGAGAAGAUUGACAUGCUCUCCCGCAUUCAUAGCUUCUCCUCUCCUUCUCGGAAAGGGUCGGACUCAUCAUCACCGUCGCAGGCCGUACAGGUCAAAGAGGAGGUCGAAUCGGCGGCAGAAGAGGUAUUACAUGUUGAGAUUCCAGCACCGGUACAGCCCAAGGCCUCCUCGACUGGUUCCUCCACCAUACAAUCCUUCAUUGAAGCUUUUGACCAGAAAGUUCAAGAAUCUGGCCGGCAAACGACCGGUGUCCCAAUAUCAGGCCUGCAAAAGGCUGUCCAGCCGACCCGGCGCACCUUUACUCAGGGCCCGAAGGUGCCUCCUAGAAUUCUGUCGGAUCAAUAUAUCAAUCUGUUCUUUCAGGAAUGGCAACCUUUGAUGCCGGUGCUGCAUCGCCCGAGUUUCCUGCACGUCUAUGAGCAGUAUCUCGCGAACCCCGAAUCAGGGCACUGGCAGGACAACAAGCAAGCAUAUGCGCAGCUGUUUCUCAUAUUUGAGAUCUCGGCAUUGUCCAAUAUUUCAACACCGAAGAACAACACCCCAUCAUACGAGACUCAGUGGCGCAAAGCCCUCUACUCGACCUCGUCCACCGCCUCCCUCGCGACGUUGCAAUGCCAUAUCUUGGCCCAAAUUUGCUACAUCCUGCGUGCCGACUACACUCAUCUGGCGCGGCACCGCGGUAUAGCCAUCACCAUGUGUCACGAACUGGGCCUACAUCAAGGCCACAAAUACCACAACCUGUCGCCGCUCGAGGCCGAGUCGAAGAAGAGGGUCUUCUGGUGCCAAUACGUCCUCGAUAAAUUCACUUCCGCAGCUACGGGCACUCCCGUACUCCUCAGAGACGGCGACAUCACAACCGACUACCCGGCUGAUGUUGAUGAUGAGAACCUCAGCACUCAAGGCUUCUCACCAACCCUUCCCGGUGAACUUACCAAGAUCUCGAGCGCUCUUGCACUCUUCCGCGUGUCCAGGCUUCUCUCCAAAGCGCUAGACACCUUAUAUCCCGCGAAAGCCAGUUUCCAACUUUCCUUGACCAAGCUACACGCGCUCUCUGAUGAACUCGAUCAGUGGUCAGAGGAACUUCCUGGCCACCUACGGUUGCGCUUCUGUAACGACAAACCUGCGACGAACCUGAUCAGCUGCCGAUCCCCGUUGUUGUCCUUGGCCUACUUCUACACGAGAAGCCUGCUUCACCGACCGUUAUUAUGCCAUGGUUCAGGCAGUGCUUCCUCAGCCGCUGGCAUCCUUCUAGCAACGGCAGGUAAGCACGUGCUACAAAUCCUGGAUCUGCUAGAAGAACGCCACAUGAACUACACUUUUCCGUUGAGCAAGACCGAUCUCUUAUUGAACUCGGGACUCGCGAUACUCUGGCAGACACUGGACCUGGAAGAUGACAGUAAGCUUGUGAAAGACAACCAAAAGUCGCUGACCAUGGUGGUUGGCAUGCUGCACAUCGAGAACGUUGUGAUCGCCACGGAAUUUCAGCAAGUCGCCGCCUGCUUCACCCCUGGCGAGGCGAGACCUCCCCUUGUGCCAAGCGCGACUGAACAGGCAGUGCCAACACGGAAAGUGACACCCACAAUGCCUGCCCCUGUCGAUUCGAAAUCGAAGUCGGCCAGGAAGCAACUGCAAGCCAUCGCGUCGAGAUGGUCCUCGUUUAGCAGCAACAAAGGCAAGAUUGAUGAUGUCCCUCGGCGGGCCACUGUGCCUCAGACCGGACCUACCUCUGUUCCUCAUGUACACCGUGCCGGUAGCAGUGCUAGCCUAUCAUCCACACGGUCAGCGCCAGUGAUGAUGCAGAUGAGUACGCCUUCUCCGCGGCAAGUCCACGCUCCCAAUUUAAUGGGAACUCCCACCAUCAACCUGGAUUACUUCCCGAUGGGAGAUGACUUCGGUGACUCGCAAACGAGGACCUCCUCGAGCACGAUGCUGCCUCCUAGAAAGCAGGCCGCAACUCCGACGAUGGCCGACAAUUCCGGUUGGGACCAGUUUCUUGAUGGACUUGACCCCAACACCUCAUCAGUCUUCCCAGAUAUGUCGACCAGUAGCCAGCCACUGUACCAAGUCCCCAGCAACGAUUGGGCGCCAGACACGUGGCAACUUUCGGGCGUGGAUCUUCCAACGAAAGCAGCAGUGCCCAAAAGCCUGAUUAGCUUUUCCGAGGAAUCUUUGACCAGCGGCGACGACUUCCUGUUCAGCACCGCCGGCAGUCACAGUGGGUCCCUUGCGACGGCCGAUUGUCUGGACUUGGCCGAGACGUACCGUGGCAUCACCAUUCCGGCCGACGAUGAAUUUGAUUUUCACGAGUAA